AUGCCAAUAAUGAACCACAAAGCUUGUACUCAACAUGUUGCCGUCUUAGUCUUUCCGUUCGCCUCCCAUCCCGGCACUCUUCUCCACUUUAUCCGUAUAAUCUCAGCCAUGGCUCCUGACGUGAAGUUCUCAUUCUUGAGCCUUGCUAAAUCCAAUAGCUCCCUCUUCACAGAAUCCAACAGCAAGGGGUUUGAAAAUAUUAAGCCUUACAACGUAUGGGAUGGCUUGACAGGGGGCUAUGCUUUCUCUGGGAACCCUCUGGAGCCAAUUGAUCUCUUUCUUAAGGUGGCACCGGGCAGCUUUAAGAAAGGUAUCGAAGAGGCAGAGGCUGAGAUUGGCCAGAAGGUGGGCUGCUUGAUAUCAGAUGCGUUUCUUUGGUUUGCAGGAGAAAUGGCAGAAGAAAUGCAGGUCCCUUGGGUGCCCUUAUGGACUUCGGGACAACGCUCUCUGCUUGCUCAUGUUGGUACCGAUGUGAUUAGAGAAAAAGUGGGAGCUAGUGGAGAAAAAGACCAAAGCCUAGACUUCCUCCCUGGAUUUUCAGCAUUCCAUGUAUCUGAUUUGCCUGAAGGAGUAGCAUUUGAAAAUUCAGAAUCACCAAUUGCAGUUAUGGUCCAUAAAAUGGGACAGAAGCUACCACAGGCAACUGCAGUUGCCAUAAACUCUUUUCAAGACAUAGACCUCGAAGUCGUGUUUGAGCUAAAGAAAAGGUUCCACAAAUUCCUUCAUGUUGGACCCUUCUCUCUAACACCAACAGCACCAAUUCAUGACGAGCAUGGCUGCUUAGAGUGGUUAGACAAGCACAAACGUGCUUCCGUAGCCUACAUUAGCUUCGGAAGUAUAGCAAAACUGCCCCCUCAUGAGCUAGCAGCCUUAGCCGAAGCCCUAGAGGAAGGCGGAUUUCCAUUUAUCUGGUCAUUUAGGGGAAAUGAAAAAGAUUUCCCCGAGGGAUUUGUUGAACGAACGAAUCGAAAUGGACUUGGAAAAGUAGUCCCCUGGGUUUCCCAGGCUAAAGUAUUAAAUCAUUCCUCUGUUGGAGUUUUUGUGACACACUGUGGAUGGAAUUCAGUUUUGGAGAGCAUAACGGGUGGUGUGCCAAUGAUAUGUAGGCCUUUUCUGGCUGACCAGCCACUGAACAUGAGAACUUUAGAGGUUUUGUGGAGAAUUGGUGUGGGGAUUGAGGGAGGUGUUUUGACAAAAAGUGGAGCAAUGAAGGCAUUGGAAUUAUGUUUGUCGAGUAAACAAGGAAACGAAAUGAGAGAGAGAACUAGUAUCCUCAAAGUGUUUGCUGAAGAGGCUGUUAAAUCGUAUGGUCGCACAACUGAAGAUUUAAAUGUUUUGGUUAAUGAAAUAAUAUGUGGACCGAGCAAGCGUAAAUGGCUGGACUGGGUGACCAACUUGAACUGGUGGUGA